UCGUGAUUCCAAUUGUUUGAUAAAACUUUAAGGGCAAAAAGCGUGAAUCUUCUCGCUUUCAGCGGAUCAUCCCUUCCCUUUCUUGCUUUCACAGAAUCAUCCUUGGCUCCCCUCUCUCUUCUCUCUCUGUACAUUUUGAAUCUCUCUCUCUCGACGAAUGGAGAGCGUGGCUCUGAGUUCAGUUACCACAGUCAGAUUUUACCCUUCUCUCUCCUCUCCAUCAUUCAGACGCUGGAUUCCCCCCUCAUACAAGGCGCCACCAUUGUCCCCCUCUUAUCGCCGGCCCCUCUCUCUCUCUUACUCCUUCAUCUCCUACCCCUCUUUCUAUCUCUUCAAUCUCUCUCCUCAUCCCCCAUCUCUAUCCUCCAUUCGCAGCUCGCCUCGCUGUGUCUCAGCAGUUGCAGAGGCCAAUAGAGAGAAAACCACAACGCACGGAGCAAAGCCCCUCCCCUUCAUCUUAUCGGUGGCAGUUGGCCUCGUAGUUAGAUACCUUGUCCCCAAGCCAGUAGAAGUAACAACGCAGGCAUGGCAAUUGCUUUCUAUUUUCUUAUCCACCAUUACAGGCCUGGUGCUGAGCCCUUUACCAGUUGGGGCGUGGGCCUUUAUGGGCCUCACCACCGCUGUCAUAACAAGGACUCUCUCCUUCUCUUUAGCAUUUGAAGCCUUCACAAAUGAGGUGAUCUGGUUAAUCGUGAUAUCUUUCUUCUUUGCUCGUGGGUUCGUUAAGACACGGCUUGGUGAUCGAAUUGCCAAUUACUUUGUGAAAUGGCUUGGAAAAAGCACCCUUGGGCUCUCUUAUGGGCUCACAAUUAGUGAGGCUCUGAUCGCUCCUGCUAUGCCGAGCACUACAGCAAGAGCGGGAGGUGUGUUCUUGCCCAUUAUAAAGUCACUUUCCCUUUCAGCAGGAAGUGAGCCUGGGCAACCGUCUUCAAAGAAGCUUGGAUCCUACUUGGUCCAGUCACAAUUCCAGUCUGCUGGCAACUCAAGUGCACUUUUCCUAACUGCUGCAGCUCAAAAUCUAUUGUGUCUGAAAUUAGCAGAGGAACUUGGUGUGAAAUUUGCAAGUCCAUGGGUUUCCUGGUUCAAAGCAGCAAGUUUACCAGCUAUUGUUUCCCUUCUGGCUACUCCAUAUUUACUGUACAAAAUCUUCCCUCCAGAAAUCAAAGACACGCCAGAUGCACCUUAUAUGGCAACAAAAAAGUUGGAAGAGAUGGGCCCUGUGACAAAGAAUGAAUGGGUUAUGGUUGCUACCAUGCUGCUUGCUGUGUCCCUUUGGGUCUUUGGUGAAUCUCUCGGUAUACCAAGUGUGGUUGCAGCGAUGCUUGGGUUAUCUUUGCUUUUGUUACUUGGGGUGCUUGAUUGGGAUGACUGCUUGAGUGAGAAAUCUGCAUGGGACACAUUGGCUUGGUUCGCAGUCCUUGUGGGGAUGGCAGGUCAACUGACAAACCUCGGAAUCGUGUCAUGGAUGUCAAGCUGUGUUGCCAAGUCUCUUCAAGCUUUCUCAUUAAGCUGGCCUGCUGCUUUUUGCGUUCUACAAGCAGCUUAUUUCUUCAUCCACUAUCUAUUUGCAAGUCAAACUGGACAUGUGGGGGCCUUAUAUUCUGCAUUUCUAGCCAUGCACUUAGCAUCUGGAGUGCCUGGUGCAUUAGCAGCGCUUGCAUUGGCCUAUAACACAAAUCUCUUUGGUGCAUUGACUCAUUUUAGCAGUGGUCAGGCUGCUGUGUAUUACGGAGCGGGCUAUGUAGAGCUUCCAGACGUUUUCCGGCUUGGCUUCAUCACUGCCAUGUUCAAUGUUCUUAUAUGGGGAGUCGUGGGUACAUUCUGGUGGAAGUUUUUGGGACUCUAUUGAGCUUGCCUCUCAAACAGAUUCUUUCUGUUAACCAAAGGUAUCGGUCUUGGCUAUUCAAAUUUGGAGGCAUUGAAUUAUCUGAAGAAUCUGCCAAUUUUUUGUUUUCUAGAGAUUCAUAAUCCAAUUGAGGUUUUUCCUAUUUAUUUCUACCUCCAGCAUGUUGUGAUUGGAAGUGAGUGCCUCGAUACAGAUUUAUUUGCAAUAUAAUUCAAUUUUUCUGCAAUAAGAUGGUCAUCUGCAUAAUGCACGGUGAUUGUUUGAUUU